GUCCUCCUCGCCCCUCCGCGCCGCCCGCCAUGAACGCCAGCGGCCCGGGGUACCCGCUGGCCUCGCUCUACGUGGGCGACCUGCACGCCGACGUGACCGAGGCCAUGCUCUACGAGAAGUUCCUGCCCGCCGGCCCGAUCCUGUCCAUCCGCGUGUGCCGCGACGUGGCCACCCGCCGCUCGCUGCGCUACGCGUACAUCAACUUCCAGCAGCCAGCCGACGCGGAGCGGGCCCUGGACACAAUGAACUUUGAGGUGAUCAAAGGCCAGCCCAUCCGUAUCAUGUGGUCCCAGCGAGACCCAGGACUUCGCAAGUCGGGUGUGGGAAACAUCUUCAUCAAGAACCUAGAGGACUCCAUUGACAACAAAGCCUUAUACGAUACCUUCUCUACUUUUGGGAACAUCCUUUCUUGCAAGGUGGUGUGUGACGAGCACGGUUCCCGGGGCUUCGGGUUCGUCCAUUUUGAGACCCACGAGGCCGCGCAGCAGGCCAUCAGCACCAUGAACGGGAUGCUACUGAACGACCGCAAAGUCUUCGUUGGCCACUUCAAGUCCCGACGGGAAAGGGAGGCAGAGCUGAGGGCUCGGGCCAUGGAGUUCACCAACAUCUACGUGAAGAACCUCCAAGUGGACAUGGAUGAGCAGGGCCUACAGGACCUCUUCUCUCAGUUUGGGAAGCUGCUGAGUGUGAAGGUGAUGAAGGACAACAAUGGCCACUCCCGGGGCUUUGGCUUUGUCAACUUUGAGAAGCACGAGGAAGCCCAGAAGGCAGUGAUGGACAUGAAUGGGAAGGAGGUGAGCGGGCGGCAGCUCUAUGUGGGCCGGGCCCAGAAGAGAGUGGAGCGGCAGAACGAACUGAAACGCAAGUUCGAGCAGAUGAAGCAGGACCGGCUGAACCGCUACCAGGGUGUGAACCUGUAUGUGAAGAACCUGGAUGACUCCAUCGAUGACGAGAAACUGAGGAAAGAGUUCUCACCCUAUGGAGUGAUUACCAGUGCAAAGGUGAUGACAGAGGGUGGCCACAGCAAGGGGUUUGGCUUUGUGUGUUUUUCCUCUCCAGAAGAGGCGACAAAGGCCGUGACAGAGAUGAAUGGGCGCAUCAUUGGCACGAAGCCGCUGUACGUGGCACUGGCCCAGCGCAAAGAGGAGCGGAGGGCUAUCUUGUCCAACCAGUACAUGCAGCGCCUCUCCACCAUGCGGGCCCUUGGCGUCCCCCUCCUGGGCUCCUCCCAGCAGCCCACCAGCUACUUCCUGCCCGCCAUGCCCCAGCCAAUAUUGGCACCCAGACCACAGGACCUGGUGGAGCAGAAGGCUGUACAUCAGGCCAGCUCCUCCUGCCGUAUAGACAUUCCUCAGCAGCACACAACGUUCACCGGGUCCUGGAGUCACCUAUGCACAGACAGGAGCCCCUAACCGCAUCCAUGCUGGCUGCAGCCCUGCCGCACGAGCAAAAGCAGAUGAUUGGUAAGUGGCUGGUGCUCAUCUAGAGCAGCAAGAGAAGGGCUGGGAGGUGGCUGGUCUGCUGGGAAACUCCCUGGAAGCCAGGGGGUGUGAGGACACGGUCCAGCCUUGCCGCUGACCAUCCUGCUAACCCACUAGGCCCUUGUUGUCCCUUUUUUUUAGUUGUUAAAAACAUACAUAACCCAACAUUUGCCAGUUUGUUUCUCUUGUGUACAAUUUUGUGACAUCAGUCACAUUACUCAUGUCGUGCAGCCAUUGCUGACACCCAUUGCCACAUUUUCCAUCGCUGUUGUAUACAGAAACUCAGUGCUUCCUAAACGGUGACUCCUCUUUUCCCUGUUCUCUAACAACACUUGCCAGACCAGUGGUCCCUGGGUUUCUUCCAGCUCUAGUCUUCUACGACUCGGACUUACUCUGGGAGAGACCCCAGAUGUGGGGAGAUUGGGAUCCGAAGCAGAAGUGAGGGUAUAGCCUUGAGUUUCUGCUGCAAAGUGGCCCACGAGGUGGGUAUUGCAGCUCUAGGCACCUCUCCUGAAUGGGAGGAAGCUGUUGCCAAAUGUCCUCCGUCUCCCAGUGCCCAUUGCAGGGAGGUGGGGAAUAAGCUUGUGUUGGGUGGAUAAAUGUCGUUCCCCACUGGACUCUGAACUUGUCAUGCCAUCUCUAUCCCCAGUGUCUAGGACAAGCCCUGCUUAGGAUGCCACUAACUGCCAAAUGAAUGAGCAGGCUUGUUACUGGUUGGCAGAUCCUUUUCCUUAUGGCUGCCAAGCUCUCCAGGCCCGUCACUGAAGGCCGCCAUUGCCACCACUCCCUUGUCUCCUAAGCUCAUUCAGGUUUUGCCAUUUUCCUGGCACCCCUCUUGCCCCCACCAAAGAAAAAUUCUAAGUGGGCUUAAUGGAGGUUAAGGCGUUGCUAGCAGCUCUCCAUAAACAUCUUCAAUUUUGUCAUGGGAAGACCCCUUCUAACUCCACCUAAGGCACCCUGUCCUGGCUAGGGCCACCAUACCUUGCUGAGGUGGGCUGACCACCAGCAUCAGGCCCUGCCACUAGAAAUCCUUGAUGGUGGAAAGUGACUUUACCUAAUGGAGAAACCAACUUACAGAUUACUUCACCUGUAGUAUCAAAAAAAAAAAAAAUUUUUUUUUAGUAUCAAAGUUUUUUUUUUUUUUUUCCCUUCAAAAUCGAUUUCUUCAAAUUAUCCUUUUAAGGUGGGGUUUACCCUGCCCACUUUAUGGUUGGGAAAGAGGGUCCCAGUAAAUUUGGGUGACACAGCCUUGAAAGAGCAGUUCUGGAACAAGAACCCAGAUGUCCUCACUGCUCCACUCCACAAUACCAUCGUGGAGUGCCAGGGUAUCAGCCAUCCCAGGUGUGUGCAAAAGCCCUCAGAGGUUGUUCUGAACAGGUGAGCGGCUCUACCCCCUUAUCUACGGUGUCUACCCCCACCU